UUGUGCGCUCUCUAGAAGUUUUUGAAAUUCGGUAUGAAAAUUUUCUUUGUGAAUAUGCUUGACGAUUUGAUUGUAAACGUUGUUUUCCCUUUCUUGAACGAAGAACAGUUAUAACGGCGUAAUAAAGAUAUUUGAGUGUUACAAUUAAUGAAGCGAGUAAAGUAAUUGGAAUUUCACCAUUGUAGAAGCAAUGUUUGUGAACAUGGAUAAUUGUCAGGAGAAAAUGGAGCAACAGGAUAAUGCUUCAACACGUGCUCCAGAAGAAGUGGAUUUGGAACUUAUGCACCGAAACUUUUUCGACUCUGCGGAAGAACGGCGUACAGAAUAUUACGCACUUUACCGCCAAUUGAUCUCAGAAUUAAGGUCUUCACACUUAGAAGGGUUUGCUAAUGUUCUAAUGAAGCAUCAGAAGCAUGUAGUAAAAAAUCAACAUGAAUUAAUUUGCGAAAUGAAAGAACAAUUAAUGCGCAGCCUUCAAAAUUCAUUGGAUCGGUUUUGGGAAGAAUAUGAUGUUUCAAAUCGAAUAGCCGAGUUGGAAAUGCUAAAAGAGCAGUAUAAACAAUUUCAAGGAAAUUCAUGGAAUAUACUGAAAAUGAAUCCCAUCCAAAGAACUUUGCCCCUACGCAUGCGCUUUAAAGAAGUUAGAAUACGUCAUCUAGAAAAACAACUUGAUUAUCAAAAUGAACUUCUAAAGAAUUUUAUGGAGUUAAAUGAUAAGGAGCGGUCCCGGAUUCAAUGCAUUGAAAAAAUGAGAAAGUCUAUGUCGAUGAGCUUAGUAAGAUACUCAAAGGAUGUUGAACAAAAAAAGACGUUGGCGAAAAAUAUGGCAAACAACUUGUUAGAUAACAUGGAAAAAGAUUUUGCCUCGUAAAAGUAUAAUUCUUAUAAUUUUUUCCUUACGUAUCCGCCUUGAGCUGUUCAAGUGCCAAUUAUCUAACAUAAAUUUUACAUAAAACAAUGUUUAACAUUGCAUAUGGAAUAUAUAGAUAUAUAGAUAGGUAUAUAGAUUUCGAAACAAUCAUAACAGCAAAACCAGUAUCAUGCGAAAUUGUCUGGUAAGUGGCAAUGAACGGACAUCGCAUAGUAACCGGAGUAAUAAGAUUUUAUUUAUUUUAAAUAGGAAAAGUAUUAAUAAUUAAGAAUUAAUAAAUAAUUUUACAAC